GCAAAAAUCAUGGCCUGCUUCGGUCGGAGUUUCAUUCGCGCAGAAUUUCACCGAUAGUUGGUGCUGUGCAAAGGCAUAUCUCCCCCUUGAUCCUGCCCGCUUAUGUGACCUCUGACGGUGCUAACUGGUCCCCGUCACCACCGUCACUGCGUACCGUGACACCGUCGCCUCCUCCACCGCCCUCGUCAGCGAACUAGUCGGAGUCGGCUGUUUUCACUCGCUCUUGCUCGUCCCUCAGAGCCCUGGCUGCGUUCCUGCCAAGUCCCCUCAGUCUUCAUCAGACUCGUAAUUCGAAUUCCUGCUAUCACAAGAGUGACUUCAUCCACUGGCCCACCCCCGUUGCCCCUGCUUCCCCACUAGUUUCCUGAUUGUCAAUAGUAGUACCGACCUAGGAACUCAACCGCUUUCCGCUGCCGAUAUAUUGAGGCCUGACCUCUCUUCACUUUCUCCCAAACUUUCCGAGCACUUGUCUCUCGCAACCUCUUCGCGGAUCCCUUUCUAGCGCGCCCAACUGCUAGUGCCCUCAGAGAACAACCUCUCCAGUUCGACAGCAGAGUCAUGGCGUCACAGUUCCACAAGCAGCUCCUCUUCGAGGGUAAUGGGACCGACUAUCCAAGAAAAGGUGAUGAGGUCAGUAUCGAGUAUACGGGUUGGUUGUACGAUGCUUCAAAACCCGACCAAGAUUACAAGGGCGACAAGUUCGAUAGUUCUGUCGGCCGGGGCGCUUUCAAGACCCAGAUUGGCGUUGGCAGAGUCAUUGAAGGUUGGGAUCACGGCGUGCCACAGAUGUCGUUGGGUGAGAAGAGCAGAUUGACGAUUCCAGGGCAUAUGGCGUACGGCGAUCGGUCAGUAACCGACCAAAACCCCCCUCUUUACUUGCAUAGCAGACCGUCCUGCUCGUGUCGAGUCGUCGAUCGGAGAAGACUCGGUGAAUUCCUCGCGUCGUGUCAUCUUCAGACUGGGAGGAAGAGCACCAUCUACUCGAGAUACGACCCGACCUUGUUUCAUUUCCUCGCCAAACUCGACGAAAAUGUUCGUUUCUUCUCGACUCCCGUGUGCUGACCAGUGGUCUGAUAUAUAGUGGUUUCCCGGGCCUCAUCCCUAAGAAUGCCACCCUCAUCUUUGACGUCCAUCUCCAAGGAAUCAAUGGCAAGAAGGCAUAAGUUGUUUUCCGAAGAACCCAACGACUUCAUACUCGAGGCGAAUGCGGCUCCGGCAACAUAAAGCAUCCUCUCGGGCAUAGGACAUCCGUGGGUGGGGGGUGGUUGCAUUGAAAAUUAAUCGAUUAUGGCCAGUCAAUAUGUUCAAGUGUAUGGCUUUGUAUGUAAAUGCGGGAAGGGCACAAGUAUUGGUGGAAUCACCCGCGACUGGCAGCAGAUGGCAAGGCUGCUAGGUAGCCACUUUCAGGGGCAGGAUGUUUGAUUUCGGUCAUGCUUUUUCUCGAUCCGUUGUUCUCACUGAACCCGGAAGCAAGUUGCCGGCGAAUCCAGCUCUUCAAGCCAACCAGCCACCAACGAAACAGGUUGUGCUUUACUUCUCAGAUCCCGACUUUGUUCUUUUAUCGGCCCAUGUCGAUUUCUCACGUUUAGCUAGCAGCAGGUAGACUGUUCUACUCUUUAUCACGCAUCUACAAUCGCUUGCAGGAGUACAUUCUUGCGCAGAAUUGAUGAUUUUUAGUAUCAAA